GCUAGCGAGUCUUAUCGCUCCUAGCUUUUGUGAUAAAAUCUUUUCAACGAAACUGUAAAGCUGACUGCAGCUCGUUUCUUAUCUUACUCAAGUUCAGCGUGUUUCAAUUGUGAGAAGCCUUCGUUCGUCUGUGCGUCCGUGUUUAACUGUCUCGAUAAUGCCAUCCGUAGUUGUGGACUCGGCUCCCCAUGAAGAACAUGUUCACAGUGAGGAAAGGAAGGAGGACAAAAUCAAGGGAAAAGAUGUCCCAGAGGAAAGUGAAAAAGUCAUCAAAACUGAGAUCAAAGUCGAAGGAGAGGAGAAAGAAGACGAUGAUGAGGACGAGGCUAAUCGCUCCAAAAAGAAGAUAAAGUUGGAUGAUUCCCUCGCAGAGAAGGAUUCAGAAGAAACCAACAAUGCAGUAAAGCCUGCUAAAGUUGUACCAGCCAAGUGCACCAUCUGUAGGCAGCUCCUGAACGAUCCUGAUCUCAUUCUUUACGAGGGGCAUCCGAACAACGCAGUAGAAGAGUUUGUAGCACUGACUGAUCCGAAGCUAGCUCUUUUCACUGGUGAGGAGGAGGUAUUCAAUGAUCAUGAUGAAAGGCCGCAGAAUAAAAUAACCCAUUUCAGUGUUUAUGACAAGAAUGGUCACCUUUGUCCAUUUGACAGUGGAUUGAUCGAAAGGAAUGUUUUACUCUAUUUUUCUGGUUAUGUCAAACCUAUCUAUGAUGAAGCUCCAGAGCCAGAAGGCGGCAUCCCAACUUACGAUCUGGGUCCAAUCAACAUGUGGUACGUAAGUGGCUAUGACGGAGGAGAAAAAGCAUUGAUCAGUUUUUCAACUGCGUAUGGAGAAUACUUUCUAAUGGAACCGAGUGAAGCCUACGCUCCUGUGAUGAAACCUGUGAAUGAAAAAAUUUACAUGGGCAAACUUGUCAUUGACUUCUUGCUGGAUGAAGACAACCCAACCUAUGAAGACCUUUUGAACAAACUAUCUGUAACUGUUCCUCCGUGUGGAAUGUCAGCACUGACAGAAGAGUGUUUGCUGCGACAUGCCCAGUUCAUCUGUGACCAGGUAAUGAGUUUCGAUGCUGCCGCCUCCUCUUAUGAUCCUCUCCUCAUUACAACCUCAUGUAUGAGAUCGCUUGUCAAACUGGCCGGUGUCACCUUCAACAAAAGGCGAGCCAUGAGGAGAAGUGAGAAGAAAGACUUCCGGAAGAAGGAUAAAGCUCAGUGGAGUAAAGCAACAACAACAGCUCUCGUUCAAAAUGUGUUUGAAAUGUUCUUCACUGAUCAACUGGACAAAGUCAGCGAAAAAGAAGGGACUCAGGGACCAAGAAGGCGCAGAUGUGGCAUUUGCGAAGCCUGCCAGCUCCCGGACUGUGGAACUUGCGUUGCCUGUCGCGACUUGGUCAAGUUUGGAGGAUCCGGCCGUAGCAAACAGUGUUGCAUUCAGCGUAGAUGUCCAAACAUGGCAAUUCAAGAGGCUGAUGAUUCAGAACCAGAAGAAGAUGAUAAUCAAGAUGACAACAGCAGCAUGAGCUGGACAUGUGCGCCUCGCAGUGUUAAAGCCAAAUCCAUCGAUAAGAGGGACAUUGAGUGGAUUGGGGAACCCAUCAAAGAAGAGCCUCGCAAGACGUACUACAAGGCUGUGAAAGUUGGCAAAACCGAGUAUUACAUUAAUGACUGUGUCAUUGUAGAACCGAGCAAUCCUAGCAUCCCUGUUUACAUCGGACGCAUUAUUUUCAUGUGGCAAGACAAUCGGACGAAAGAGAGAUACUUUCAUACCAACUGGUUCUUGAGAGGUUCAAAUACUGUGCUUGGAGAGGCAUCAGAUCCGCAAGAACUUUUCUUACAUGAUGAUUGUGAAGACGGCUUUGUCUCCACGCUAAGCGCCAAAGCAAAGGUCACUUUGCUGUCAACUCCAUCUGAUUGGGCAGCAAAAGGCGGUGAGCCCCUUACAACCAUCCAAGAACUCAUUGGUGAAGACGACGGAAAGACCUUCUUUUACCAGAAAAGGUACGAUGGUCUGCAUGCUCGUUUUGAAGACAUUGGUGAAGAUCCUGUCUGCCGGAAUGAAGAUGCUUUGCACCGGUUUUGCCCAUCCUGUGAAAGAAAAUUCCUGAAGAACAAGAAAGAGAUUCCUACUGUUAGUGAUCCAAUUGAAGCCCCUGAAAACUCCAAGGAGGUAUUUUAUAAUGUUGUCAAAUGGAACGACGAAGAAUAUCGUGUUGGCAGUUGCGUCUAUCUAGCCCCCGAGGCAUUGAAAUUCAAGAAGUUUGAUAACUUCAAUGAAAAAUCUAACUCUUGGAAAGAUGCGAAGGUGGAUGAAGACAUGUAUCCAGAAUAUUACCGCAAAUCAUCUGAUCAUAUCAAAGGCUCUAACUCCAACACGCCAGAACCCUUCUGCAUUGGUCGCAUCAACGGAAUUGUCACCCGGUCGAAAGACCUAUUGGUUGCGGCGCAAGAUAUAUGCCUCAAGGUAACCAAAUUCUACAGACCUGAAAACACACAUAAAGGUCAGAGUUUGGCCCGACAAGUUGAUCUUCAGUUGCUGUACUGGUCUAAUGAAGAACAAUUUGUCAAUUUUGGCGACGUAACUGGAAAAUGUUAUGUGAUUUGUGGUGACAACAUUGAUGGAGAAGCAUCGGAGUGGGUCAAAAAAGGACCCAAUAGAUUUUAUUUCAAUCAGGCGUACGAUAUUGAGAAUAAAAAAUUCUAUGACCCUCCACAUGAAGCUGCAAUGAUCGGAAUGCAAGGAAAGGGUAAAGGAAAAGGCAAAGGUAAAGGAAAAAGCAACAGAAGUGAAGAAAAAACUCCAGAAUAUAAACUCAAAGAAUGGCCAGAAAUAUCUAGACCUUUGCACGCUUUGGACGUCUUUGCUGGCUGUGGAGGAUUAUCAGAGGGUCUGCACCAGUCUGGCGUCGCUGAAUCUUGGUGGGCGAUAGAAAAAGAAGAGCCUGCUGCACAUGCUUUUAGAUUGAACAAUCCAAAUUGUACCGUUUUUACUGAAGACUGCAAUGCUUUACUCCGAUUGGUCAUGGAUGGUGAAAAUAAAAAUGAUAAAGGACAAAAACUACCUCUUAAAGGUGAAGUAGAGUUAAUUUGUGGUGGCCCUCCAUGUCAAGGUUUCAGUGGUAUGAAUCGCUUCAAUUCUCGGCAAUACUCUUUGUUUAAGAAUUCUCUUAUUGUAUCGUACCUUUCGUAUUGUGAUUAUUACCGUCCGAAAUUUUUCAUCUUAGAAAAUGUGCGAAAUUUUGUAUCAUUCAAAAGGAGUAUGGUUUUGAAAUUGACGAUGCGUUGUCUCCUGAGGAUGGGUUAUCAAUGCACGUUUGGAAUCCUACAAGCAGGCAGUUAUGGAGUUCCCCAAACAAGACGGAGAGCCAUUAUCCUAGCUGCAGCUCCCGGUGAAAAGUUACCACUUUACCCAGAACCAGUUCAUGUGUUCAAUCCACGUGCCUGCACCCUUAGUGUAACAGUUGACGACAGAAAAUACCUCUCAAAUGCUCGAUGGACUGAAUCAGCCCCUCUUCGAACAAUCACAGUUUGGGAUGCCAUGUCUGAUCUACCAGAGAUACCUAAUGGAGCCAAGUGUGAUGAAAUGUCCUAUUCUGUUGACCCCCUCUCCCAUUUCCAGCGAAUGAUAAGAGGUGUCCAUGACCAACAACUUCUGCGAGACCACAUCUGCAAAGAAAUGGCUCCAAUGGUUGAGGCCAGGAUGGCUCAAAUUCCCAAACGUGAAGGGUCUGACUGGAGAGACUUACCAAAUAUUGUUGUCCGUUUAUCUGAUGGCACGUACUCCAAAAAAUUACAGUAUACUCACCAUGACAAAAAGAAUGGAAAGUCUUCUACCGGAGCGCUGCGAGGAGUCUGUUCUUGUGCAAAUGGCAAGCCUUGUGACCCAAUGGAUCGUCAAUUCAAUACUGUGAUUCCCUGGUGCCUGCCACAUACUGGCAACCGACACAAUCAUUGGGCUGGCCUCUACGGUCGCCUUGAAUGGAAUGGAUUUUUCUCAACAACAGUCACGAAUCCUGAGCCAAUGGGAAAACAGGGCCGAGUAUUGCACCCUGAACAAACUCGAGUUGUCAGUGUCCGUGAAUGCGCUAGAUCUCAAGGUUUCCCUGACAGUUACCGCUUCUUUGGGACCGUUCUGGAUAAACAUCGACAGAUUGGUAAUGCUGUUCCUCCGCCUAUGGGUGCUGCGAUAGGUUACGAAAUUAGACAGUGUAUUGCUGAAGUCGAGAAGAAAAUCAAGCCAAAAGCCGAAGCGUCAUCUGUGACAAACGGUUCUGUAAUUGAAGAUAGUAAGACUAGUACUAAUGGAGAAAAAAUGGAAGUAGGCGUUAAUGGGUCUUCAUCUGCAAGUUGCGCAGGAAGUACGAAAGAUACAAAGUCUGUUAAUGGAAAGUCUAAGACAGAAGCAAACCCGAGCAAUGGAGAAGGGUCAGAUGUUGCCAUGAAGGGGCAUUAGUGUUCAAGCUUUACUCGAACUAUUUGUAGUCCUUGCAGAAUUUCAACUGAAAUUUUUCACUCAACUUAACACAUUUUUGUUCUCUUCAAUUCUAACAUUUCCUUGCUAAAAGUAAUUGCCAAUAUUGUUGUUUUGAAAACCUUACAUGUAAACAGGACAGAACUUAGCUGAACUGAAAGAUUUCCAUGUUGAAUGGUUUUUUGCUCAAAAUACUGUAAAGGUACAGACAUAAGGCGCACAAGUCUGCCCUGCUAGCUGGUGACCAAUGACAGCGCUAGAAUCUACCAAAGGAAAUCCAAUCGAAUUCCUUUGUUGGAUCUGUAAGCUAAUGCCGGUCACUAACAUAUGUUGUAGACUUGUGCAUUUUAAGUGCGGUGCCUUAAAAUUCUCUGACGGGUUUUCCUGCCGAUCCUAAUACUGUGAUACUUUUCUUAAAACAUUGUGUUCCUGUCUUGAUGUUUGUCAACCAUUCAAUCACACAAUUCUAAUGAAAUUAGUCCAAGCGUUGCUACGUUUAAGAAGCUAAUUCAAUGCAUGCAAAGCAGGGCAUUUUUAUUUCCUUCAGGGAAUUCGAGUCAAAAAUAGAAUUUCAUCAAAAUAAUUUCUCCAGAAUGUUACUUGAAGGUUUAAUUUUAUAAAACUGAUGAUUUUUUUUUUUUACAAAAUGAAAAAUAUGUGCUGAUUUUUAACUCUCUCACGAACCGAUUUUUUGUCGUUAAAUUUUCAUUGAUGACUCCUUCAAUUUGUAGCAAUUUUAUUUUAUUCUAGUGCUUUUUUUUACACCAGUGAAAAUACGGCAGGGCCGAAUUAGUAUGUUUUUCUUUCAUCCUAAACCUUAACAUGCUAUUUAGCAACCUGACUUAUCCGUUCGUUUUGCCAAUUUAGCGUAGGUGUAACUUUGUGUAAUGUGUGUAACAAAAGAGAGAAUAAUAUGUCUAACAGAACUACAAAUUAUUUAAAGACGCUGUAAAUCUUCAGAAGUACAGUUUUGCCCAUGCUUCGUCUUAAUUUUAUUACAAUAAUCGCCUCAUAUUAAUGUCAUGAGCCUCCUAAAAUUUAAGUUAUUCAUUUUUAUUUGUUGUAAUGUCCAUGAUGUUAUGAUGUUUGCCUUCACGGACAUUAGUAAGAGACUCACCAGAGUAAAAGCUUGAGGAAAAAUUUGUAUUACUGUCUUUGCCGGGUGAAGAUUUUGUAUUUCGUAGUGAAGGUUCCUUGGCCGCAUAAAAGAACAAAAAAGUCUCUCGUAAGGAGCCCCAGAGAUUUCAUUUCUAACGGCCAAAAAAGGACCAGUAAAGGCAACACUUUUGGGGUGGCUCUUUUUUAGGUUUACCACUCUAGGGCAACCUGCCAUCUUUUUUAAGUGCUGGUUCACAAAGUUGGUCAAUAAAUUUUCACCAUGUACCUUUUUUAGUUUUAAGUUUUUUUUAAGGAUAUUUUAAGCACUGAUUCAGUUUUAUUGGCUAUAAGUCUGACAGUAUUUUUGCCACCCAAAGCUUGUAAAAUGUAUGACCUGUAAAUGAAACAUUUUUAGUUUUCUCAACUUUUCAAGCUCAAUACAACCUCUCUAUUUUCUCUAACAA